AUGCGUGAAAUAAGUACCAUGGAGGUGGAUCUCCCACGGGGAGAAGGAUUUCGAUCGUACUUUGUGCAGAAAAUCGAAGAACUGCAGCUGAUUGUGGCGGAGAAGAAUCAAAACCUGCGUCGUCUCCAGGCUCAGCGAAAUGAGCUUAACGCCAAGGUUAGGAUGCUCCGGGAGGAACUCCAGCUGCUGCAGGAACAGGGCAGCUACGUCGGCGAGGUAGUGAAACCGAUGGACAAGAAGAAGGUCCUGGUCAAGGUACACCCGGAAGGCAAGUUUGUUGUCGAUAUAGACAAAAACAUUGACAUCAACGAUGUAACGCCAAAUUGCCGUGUGGCGCUGCGCAACGAAAGCUACACCCUGCAUAAGAUUCUGCCCAACAAGGUGGACCCGCUAGUGUCGUUGAUGAUGGUGGAGAAAGUCCCGGACUCGACUUACGAAAUGGUGGGUGGUCUAGAUAAGCAGAUCAAGGAAAUCAAGGAGGUAAUCGAACUGCCGGUCAAACAUCCGGAACUGUUCGAUGCACUCGGUAUCGCUCAACCGAAGGGUGUGCUAUUGUAUGGCCCUCCAGGAACCGGUAAGACACUUCUGGCCCGUGCCGUCGCCCACCACACCGAGUGUACAUUCAUUCGCGUGUCCGGUUCGGAACUGGUGCAGAAAUUCAUCGGAGAAGGAUCGCGAAUGGUGCGUGAACUGUUCGUGAUGGCUCGCGAGCAUGCACCUUCCAUCAUUUUCAUGGACGAAAUCGAUUCCAUCGGUUCAUCGCGUAUCGAGUCGGGUAGUGGCGGUGAUUCCGAGGUACAGCGUACAAUGUUGGAGCUGCUGAACCAACUGGACGGAUUUGAGGCGACAAAGAACAUCAAAGUAAUCAUGGCGACGAACCGUAUUGACAUUCUCGAUCCCGCCCUGCUCCGUCCGGGUCGCAUCGAUCGUAAGAUUGAAUUCCCGCCACCAAACGAGGAAGCUCGUCUGGACAUUCUGAAGAUCCACUCGCGCAAGAUGAAUCUAACGCGUGGUAUAAACCUGCGUAAAAUUGCGGAACUGAUGCCUGGUGCUUCGGGUGCGGAGGUGAAAGGUGUCUGUACGGAGGCUGGUAUGUACGCGCUCCGUGAACGUCGUGUGCAUGUUACACAGGAAGACUUCGAGAUGGCCGUCGCGAAGGUGAUGCAGAAAGAUUCCGAGAAGAACAUGUCCAUUAAGAAGCUGUGGAAAUAAUUUACUCCAU